CCAGUGCCCGGCGUUGCCGAGUUCGCCGCCUCCUUCAAAAGCCCUAUUACAAGCUCUCCUCCCAAGUGGAUGGCUGAAUUAGAAAAUGAUGAUAUUGAUAUGUUAAAGGAGUUGGGGAGCCUCACUACAGCUAACCUGAUGGAAAAAGUUCGUGGCCUGCAGAACCUAGCUUAUCAGCUGGGACUGGAUGAAU